AUGGAAUCUAUAAGAUCAGUUGUUCCAUCAAAAAAUACAAAUACUGAUGAUAAACAAUUUCAACAACCUGAUGAUGGAUCUCAACAUGGCUCAUUGUCUGUUUAUAAUGGACAAACUAAUUCCCAAAUUUCAUCAAGCUUUACUAAUAAACAGCCGUUUGAUAAUGUAAAUCCUACAGAACAAAUCAACACAUCAACUCAAUCUCAAUUUAAAAAUUAUAGACCGUCAACAUUGAAUCACUAUAAACCAUAUCUUAAUGAUUUUACCUCUACCCAUGGUCAACAUUCUAUUCCUAACCUAUUGCAUAUUAAUACAAUGACUCACAUUGAACCUAACCUGA